AGAGAGAUGUUGUGUUCCGGGUUUAUUGGUCAUGUGUAGGUUCUGGUUCUGUAAUCGCGUGUAGACGCGAUAAAUCCGACGCGCGUUUCAUGAAUCCGUCAUUCAGGCAGGAAUCAAAUCGCAGAUGUCAGGAUGGGAUCUGAAAUACUCCACGACUCUCUCCGUGGCCGGUGUCUGGGCAUCCUCAGACGGAUGGAGAUUAACACGCGGUUCCGGUAUUAUUUCCAGCACCCGUGGUCUCGUCUGGUCGUGGCGUAUCUGGUCACCUUCUUUAAUUUCCUGAGCUUUGCGGAGGAUCCCAUCUCUCACAGCCAGACGGAAGCGCACAUGAUCGUGGUGGGGAACUGCUUCUCGUUCGUGGUGAAUAAAUAUCCUAGUGGAGGAUGGAACGUCCUGAAAGUCCUGAUGUGGAUUCUGGCCAUCAUCACGGGUCUCAUCUCCGGGAAGUUCCUGUUUCAUCGACGCUUGUUUGGUCGUCUGUUGCGUCUGAAGAUGUUUCGUGAGGAUCACGGCUCGUGGAUGACGAUGUUCUUCAGUACGAUUCUCUCCCUGUUCAUCUUCUCUAACAUAUAUAACCUUCUACUGCUCAUGAGCAGACGAAUGGGUCCUUAUAUGGUGACGGAGUACAUGGGUAUCAGAAACGAGAGUUUUAUGAAGUUGGCCGCUGUAGGAACAUGGAUGGGCGAUUUUGUGACGGCAUGGAUGGUAACAGACAUGAUGCUGCAGGACACACAUUACCCGGACUGGGGCAGGACCGCACGGCACUUUUGGAGGCAGGGCAAUAACAGAAUAGUGCUCUUCUGGACGGUGUUGGUCUGUCUGACGUCUGUGGUGGUUCUGGUCAUCAGUACUGACUGGAUCAGGUGGGAUAAUCUGAACCGCGGGUUUCUGCCCAGCGACGAGGUUUCCAGGGCGUUCCUCGCGUCCUUCAUCCUGGUCUUUGACCUCCUCAUCAUCAUGCAGGAUUGGGAGUUUCCUCACUUCAUGGGCGAUCUGGACAUGAAUCUACCGGGUCUUUCCACCACGCAAGUGAAGAUCAAACUGCCCUUGUGCAAACGUGUCUUUAAAGACGAGUAUCACAUUCACAUCACAGGGAAAUGGUUUAAUUACGGCAUCAUCUUUCUGGUUCUAAUCUUGGACCUGAACAUGUGGAAGAACCAGAUCUUCUAUAAGCCGUAUGAAUAUGGUCAGUACGUUGGUCCAGGAGAGAAGAUCUACACCGUUGAGGAUCCAGAGACACUGCGAGAUUUCAACCGAAGCACGCUGACCUGGGAAUGGCGCUCCACCAGUAUCGACCCCCUUGCCAACCAGACGUACGCUCAUCGAGACACGUUCUUACACAGCCGUUACGUGGGCUCCAGUCUGGACGUCAAAUGCCUGGCGUUCAUCCCGAGUCUAGCCGCCUUUGUGCUCUUCGGAUUCUUCAUCUGGCUGUUUGGCCGUUUCCAGGACAGCGAGACGUUCCCCGAGAGCCAAGACAAGAGUUACGAGCGCAUCAAGCGAAAGUCGCCAUCCAAUCUGGGAGUCAUGCCAGAGGAGGUGCUCAUCACCAUGUGUGAGGAGCUGAAGAGAAGUGGAACACCGAUGUUGCUCUUAGUGGACACGCAUCAUUUUGGGUCAUCAAACAACUCCAUGUCACCGUGUUCAAGCGACACUCAGGAGACACAAUCCAGCGUAGCUGUUGACAGCCUUGUCCCUGAUGAUACUGCUGAUGUCAAACAACUGACCCCGUGACCUUAGCCAAAGGUCAAAAUGAGCUCAGGAAGGACUUCCUGAAAAUGUUCUGGACACUGUUUGGUGACUUUUGGCAUCUUCGUGGAAAUGACCAUGAAAAUUCAGUUUGUAUUUACUCUAUUUUUAUAAGAUACUUUUAAAGACUCUUUGAACGUUUGAACUAAAUCCGUUCUGUGUGCUUCAAAU